AUUCAAGUAUGCAAAUUAUUUUAUCUGGGAACUCUAGCUAUUAGUCAAACUCCAGUGUAUACCGCCCAUUCCAAAAAGGACAUUUCAAAUAUACCCGACACAAGAAAAGUUGGCAAGCAUAUUAAACAUACCAUACCGGAUAAAGAUGUCAAUUUCGUAAAAUAGCACAUAGAAUCUUUCCCCAAGAUUGAAUCGCACUAUUUCAGGGCUAAUACACAAAGCGAGUACCUAGAUCCUACUCUCAGUAUAAAGAAAAUGUACAGUCUCUACGUUGAAUUUUGUAACGAUGCUCAAAAGAAACCUGUAAAAGAAUCUUUUUAUAGAUAUAUUUUUUUUACACACUACAAUUUAUACUUUCAUGUUCCAAAAGUAGACAGGUGCGACGUCUGUGAAGAGGUAAAAUUAAGGAAGAAGGAGAAUACGCUAACUACAGGAAAGGCUGAAAAAUAUGAGAACCACAUAAAAGAAAAAGCAAAAGAUAGGGAAAAUAAAGAAUGUCCGAAUAAGGACAUUAAUUGUAAACGAGUACACAUUUGUAAAAGAUUCGUUUCUUCCAUUAUUUGUAACUUAAUUUAGAGUAAAGACAAAAGUCCUUUCAAAAUGAACUGAAUCAUAGAGAAAUUACUCUAACACUAGUAAAACCCAUUCACUAGAUAUGUGCUCAUCUAGCGUAGACCACGUCAUCGCUGAAGUGCUGUAGCAAAAUCAAGACCUAUCUAACAUUGAGGGAAUUAUUUUAGAAGAUGAUAGCAUAGUUAUUCCCUUUGAUGAAAAUGAUUUUGCUUACUCUUCAGAAAUAGGUGACAGCCCAACUGAUCCAAUCGUAUUACAAAUACCCCCUAAUAAUGACAAUAAAGAUAUUUAUAAGGAAUCAUUACCACCAAUG